CCUGGCACGCUCUCUUUCCCCCUUUAUAAACUCAGCUGGGAAACUAUUUCAAGUCCCCAGCUCCAGGGAACAAGUUGUUUAAGGUCCAGGCUUUUACUCCCUUCCCCCUGCUACUUUUGACAAGUCACAAAAUUGUGAAGUUAGCAGAAAAGCGAGCUGGCAGACAGGGGGUGGGAGAUGCUUUCAUUCUUUGGAUGCAAUGAACUGAGGAAAAAACGGCCAUUGUAAUGGUAAAUUGCUCACAGAAGGGGAGAAAGGGCUGAUAAUCAAUAUAAAAAAAUAAUAAUGAAGCGCUGGUGUGCAUUUGAGGAGCUUGCUACCCAAAGCAUUUAAAUGUCUCUUUUUUCCCCUUUUUAUGCUGAAAAGCCACCGAUUGCAAAUGUUAAGGGAAAGAAUGAAGAGGUGAGAGGAAGGAUCUUGCACGGGACCAAUGUUUGCACGGGAAGAAAUGCUUCGUUUUCAAAAAGCUGCAUCCAAAAAGUUGGAAGUUCUGAGAUAGAAAUGAUGAGCAAAUUGAGCUCUGCCUUCUGGACUUCUGCUGAGAAGGAAAACAUAACCUCCUGGCAAUCCUAGCAGCCUGCGAUCCUGUAGACUAUGAGACAAUUCAUCAUGGACGUGAGGGAUUUUAGUCUUCUACUCUCUCCUCCUCCUCCCCAGACUCUUCCAGUCCCUGCUUUUGGCUUCAGUGAGUGCUUGAGAAUAUAAACAUGAGGAUGCUGGACAAUAUAAACAGGACUAUUAUUUCUUCUUCGGAAGCAAACUUAACCCAUAAAGGAAGAUACAUUUAUUUGGAGGUUUUGCUACAAGGAGGUCCUCCAUGGGGAUUUACUUUGAAAGGUGGACUGGAACAUGGGGAACCAUUAAUCAUCUCCAAGAUUGAAGAAGGAGGGAAAGCAGAUUUAUUGAACUCUCAGCUGCAGCCUGGAGAUGAAGUGGUGAACAUCAACGAGGUGGAGCUCAGCAGCUCCAGGCAGAAAGCCAUCUCCUUAGUGAAAGGCUCAUGCAAGAAAUUGAAACUGCUCGUCCGCAGGGAUACCUUUGCAGCAAAAGGACAUUCUAAGAUUACAGUUUCCCGUUCCCUCAGCUCAGAGUGUCUCAGGUCUGACUUGCAAUACAGCAAAACCCCAUGGCCUGCUGGAGUUAAACUGCGCUUAAAGAACAGACGAAGCGACCCUGUGGGCCGACCGCACUCCUGGCAUUCUGCCAAGUUCAUAGAGAACCAGCCCGAUCUCAGCAUGAUGCAAAUAUCUCCUGGCAUGAUUGGCACUCCUUGGCAUCAAGCCUACCAUUCCAGUUCCUCCACAAGCGAUCUCUCCGGCUAUGAGCAUGGCUAUUUAAGAAGAAGUCCUGACCAGUACAGCUCUAGGGGAAGCAUGGAGAGUUUGGACCAUACCCCUGCGGGGUAUACCCAUCACCCCUGCCACCUUUCGCCAGCCAAAUCCACCAAUUGUAUUGACCAGCUUGCCCAUCUCCACAGCAAGAGGGAUUCCGCCUACAGCUCUUUCUCAACCAGCUCCAGCAUUCCCGAAUACCUGGCGCCCACCUUCUGCAAGGAGAGGUCCUAUUCCAUGGAGAACGUCCAUUCCCGGGGCAGACCGCAAGAAGGGGGAAUGAGGCAGGCUGACAUCAGGUACAUUAAAACUGUCUACAAUGCCCAGCGAGGCGUUUCGGAGGAAUACGAAGUGAAGUCCUCUGCUCUUUCGCCUAGCUGUGAGUCCCAGGCUAAAGGAUACGGCUACAGCAGGUUGCAUGGCUACAGCAAGGGCCUCCCGACUCGGAGCUCGUCUGACAGCGAUAGCCACUAUAUGAAGGGGCCCCCCAUGCCACCGACCCGUAGUGACAGUUACGCAGCAACCAGGCACCACGAGAGGCCCAGCUCCUGGUCCAGCCUUGAACACAGGAAGUCCUGCAGGACUCACCCCAAAAGCGCUUGGCCUCACCUAGGCCAGGGCACCCCUCCUCCAGGGCAUCUCCAGAAACCUGCAUUCCUAGAAGGACAGCUCCACACUGUGAUGGAGAAGAGCCCUGAGAGCAGUCCCACCAUGAAGCCCAAACAGGUUUACUCGCAGGCAGCUCAGCCAGGGCAGCCUUUGCUUCCCACGGGUGUUUACCCUGUCCCUUCUCCUGAGCCCCACUUUGCCCAGGUUCCCCACCCUUCCGCAAGCAACAGCGGGAUGCUUUACCCAGCGCUUGCCAAAGAGAGUGGGUACGCACACGCCCCUGCGUCUUCUCCAUCCUCGUAUGAAAAUGUUGCAGCCUGCAGGCAGCAUGCUGGCUUGGAUGAGAAUGGAAACCAAAGCCCGCCGAACAAGGCUGCCAUCUUCUACCAGCCUGAGUACGCGCCAGGGAAGAAGCAGGAGGUGGAAGACGCGGCUGCAAAGUUCGUCUUGUACAGGAUGCACCCCGAAGCCUACCCCGCGUCUCCCAGGCAGGAUGAGUCAGCGCCACCGUAUAUGACCACAGCUUUGAUCCAGGAAAGUGCAAGAAACUCACAGCACUCGAACCACAGCUCUCAGGCACGCCUGCCUCACCCGAGGGAUGCGAUUGACAGCAAAGGCCUCUGCCACUCAAAGGGGUACGGGGCAGGAGAGCAGAAGGAAGAUAAGAACGCAAACCUGCAUCCCACAGCUCAAAACCAGUGGAACCCCAGCAAGGCCAAGCAGCACGCUUUUUCCUCCUUGCAAAACAUCCCAGAGAGCAGCAAGCUGCAGAACAGCUCGGAUCUGAAGGAGGUACCACCGUGCAAGAGCUACUCUGGUGCCAAGUGGCACGUUGUGAAUUACAGCAGCCAAGCGGAUAAGAUGUGUCAGGGGCAGAUCCCUGGGCACUGGCAGGAUGGCGAGUGGCACAGCUUAGAAGGGUACCAGGACACCAUUCCCAGCGCAGAGCAUUUCCAUGGGGUGGAGCCAAAGUACAAGGAGCCCUCUUCUCCGAUGGCCCCUAAGAUGUCAGAUUUAAAUAUUCACCAGCUGGGUUCUAGCAACCUCCAGAACUCUCAGUAUGGGCAACUGGACUCUCGGAAGGCCCGGUGCUCUGUCCUGGAGAAGGUCAGCAAGAUAGAGCAGCGAGAACAAGGCGGCCAGUGGCUGCAGAGUCUCAGCCCUAACAGUCUCAGCCAGAAUUUCAGCUCAGGCAAGCCCAACCUCAACCAUGUUGAGGACAUCCGAAAGAGGCGGAACUCUCAAGAGCAUCUUCACUUGCUUGGAGAUCAUAGCCGCCUGGCCAGCGCAAGGAGCUCAGACCCGGCUGCAUAUAUGCAGCGCCCGAGCGAGAGCGGGGCUGGCAGACCAGAGAGGGCUAAUUGGCACGGUGCAGAGCAGCAGAUGGAGGCAGCAAGUGCUGCCGUGGCGAUGCCAGGAUGGCACAGCAUCUAUCAUCAGGCCGGGACCUCUGAAAGCGAGCCACCGAAACCAGCUGGGCAGCUGCCCCAAAGCAGAAGUGCUUUCCAGUUGUCAGAGGAGCGCGAGAGAGAGCUGUUGUGGAAGGGCAGCACCCAGAACUCGAACGGCUCGCAGCUGGACCUCCCCUUUAGCAGGGCUUACAGGAACAGCAUCAAAGAUGCCCAGUCUAAGGUUUUGAGGGCAACCUCCUUCAGCCGCAAGGACCUCAACAUCAGCCCUCAAUGCGGGAAGGAGCGCAGAAGGAGUGUGCAAAGGCCGGCAUCAGCACAUAUUGGGAUGAGGAGCAUGGCUGCGUCUCCCCAUACCCCAAAGGAGAGGCACAGCAUCACACCGACAGAGACCAAGCUGGAUUAUCCCAACAAAGAAAGCCUUCCUGCGCCUCUGCACGUGGCACGCAUUGGGGGCAGGAGGCGCCUGAACCCCGACCAGAAAAAGAAAUCUUACUCUGAGCCGGAGAAGAUGAACGAAGUGGGUGUGUCUGACGGCGAGCUGUCGCCCUUCUCCCACCAGAAGAAAGCCCUCCAGUUUGUUUUCCCAGAGAGCACGGUGGCUGACCGCCGCAAGAUAUUUGAGAGGGAGAACAAGGCGUGCUCCACCAUCAAUCUUUCCAAACCGGAGCUGAAGCAGCUGCAGCAGAACGCGCUGGCAGAUUACAUUGAACGCAAAACUGGGAAGCGGCCCUCGUCUGCAUCCCAAGACUCCAGCUUCCUGCAAGAGGGCUCUCAGUCCUCUUACACGCAAACAGGUGCCCAAGAGGGACACUCUCUUUCAUCUUCAUCCAGCAUGAAUUCUCUCCAGGACCAGAGUCUUUGCCAUCGCCGGGAAUCCCUGGAGCCGGUCUCUAGAGCAGGGCGUGGCUUUGCCACUCUUCCUCCUGGGCUCACGGGCUGCUUCGAUCCCAGCGGACCUGAGGGCAGGAAGGUGACCAGCCCAGAUCACGGCAGCAGGAGCAGCUCCUUUCCCAGCUGGCUGAAAGCAGACCGGCGUCAGGAUUGCAGAGCUGACCCAGAGCUCACCAAAAGCACCCAGACAGAUCUUGACGUGUGCACCAAGCCAUGCCACGCUAAUGACCAAGUUCUGGAGAAGAGGUCGGCACCCAACAAGAAGCCCGGGAAGUCGGCCUCUGCAGAGGACUUGCUGGAGAGAUCAGACAACCAGGCAGUCGCCGUGCACAUCCGAUCCAGGUCGUCUCCCUCAGCGGAUAAAAUGUGCCAGGACAUCCUGAUGGGAGAAAGUAAUGAGUUCAGCCAUUUUGUGAAAGAUCCUUUCUAUGUCGUGGCUGCUGGCACCAGAUCAUUCGGCAGCAAAGAAAGAAGUCAAAAGGAGAAAUCGGCGUUCACACAAUAUCGACCCCACACUCGCCAUAGCAAUGAGAGUGUCGGCAGCUCGUUCAUUCUGAAUGAGAGACAGAAAGCUCCGGAUCUCCUCAGGCACCUCAGCAGGACCUCAGCAUUUGCCCCACCUUCAGCAGAUACGAAGGGUCAUCAUCCUGAACCUAAGCCAGGCGCCAGGCUUGCUACCCCUUCCAGAUUUGGCUGGUCGCCAUCUAACGGUGCUAACCCCAUACCAGCUCCCUCAGAUUUCCAAGUUGCCAGUGAAAACCCAGUCACAAGAUGGCACCCCAGACCUGAGAGGGAUGACAUUGUUCAGGGCCAGGUUCCGGAAAGUUCCAACGGCCCACCUAAAGAGCCAGUGGAAGAAAUUACCUGGAGAUGGAAGGCGACGCUGCCUCUAAGGCACCUCCCACCUACAAUUAAACGGAUCAAAGAUGACGGCCCCUCCAGAAGCGUGAUGCCUUUCCAGACAUCUGGGCAGAAGGCCUUCCAGAGGUGGCAAAGCCUUCCAUCACAGAACAGCUCCUCUUCUGAGCCAGAGACUCCUUCUGGCCAAAGCAGGCUGUCCCUCCGCAUCUCGGAGUCCUGCCUGCAGGCGUCUCCGCAGGAAGAGGGUGAUGACGACGUCUUCUUCCAGCCUCGCGUUUUGGAUGCUGCCUAUGAGCUUUCACCACCUCCACUCCCCGCCCAGAGCCCCAGCAGUGCUGCUGAAAACACCAUGGAAGAAUUCCCCCCUCCUCCUGCUGGCAUUCUGGAAGAGAAGGAGCCAGCAGCUGGGAACACUGCCAGCCUUGGAGAGGAAGGGUCUGCACCCAGAAACUUCAAAAGGAUUCCCAGGAACUUCGGCGAGAGAGAGGAAACGGGACCAAACGCUGCCUCCACUGCCAACGCCAAGAGCAGCCGGGCUGCUUCACCGCCCCCUGCCGGAACCUCAGGACCCAAAGCCAAUGGCGUCACGCCUUUCUCGGAAGCACAACAGAAGCCCGCUCAGGGGCUGCCUGACGAAGCUCCUGCCAGCCAGCCUCUUGCGCCAGUCAUCACCAGCAGGGAGCCCGAAAACGGUGACCUCAACCCCGAGAGUAACCCAGGGAAGAUGAAGACCCCGGAGGACAUCAAGGAGGAGGCUUUGGCAAAGGAGAUCAUCCACAAGGACAAGUCGUUGGCCGACAUCCUGGACCCCGACUCCAAGAUGAAGACCACCAUGGACUUGAUGGAAGGGAUAUUUCCCAGCGGGGCCAGGAUGCUUCGAGGGAACUCGAAGAGGAAAAUGAUGCAGAAAAGGGCCAGCAGCUCUGGCAGUGCCUCUGUCCUGCCCAGUGAUAGCAAGAAAGAUGAGAAAGAAGCUUCUGCCUCAAUGCUGGCCUCGUGCUCAGCUUACUACAACGUAUCAGUACCCAAAGCCGAACUCCUGAACAAAAUCAAGGAUUUGCCAGAGGAAACAGGUGGCGAUGAAGAGCAGGUGGCAAUCAAUGAGAAAAAGGCUGAACUCAUUGAGAGCUUGUCCCACAAGCUGGAGACCCUGAAAGAAGCCAAGGAGAGUCUGCUGGCAGACAUCAAGCUCAACAAUGCCUUGGGAGAGGAAGUCGAAGCUUUAAUCAGUGGCCUAUGCAAGCCCAAUGAGUUUGAAAAAUACAGAAUGUUCAUCGGAGACCUGGAUAAGGUGGUCAAUCUCUUGCUUUCGCUCUCAGGACGCCUCGCUCGGGUGGAGAAUGUUCUCAGCAGCCUCAGUGAGGAUGCGGAUAACCAAGAACGGAGCUCUCUGAACGAGAAGAGGAAGAUGCUGGCUGGCCAGCACGAAGACGCCCGCGAGCUGAAGGAGAACCUGGACCGGCGAGAACACGUGGUCUUGGACAUCCUAUGCAAUUACCUCUCGGGGGAGCAGCUCCGAGACUACCAGCAUUUUGUGAAGAUGAAAUCUGGGCUGCUCAUAGAACAGCGCGAGCUGGACGACAAGAUCAAGCUAGGGCAGGAACAGCUCAAGUGCCUUCUGGAGAGCCUCCCCACGGACUUCGUGCUUAGCAGCAGAAAGGGAGCCGAACCUCCGACAUCCACCGGGACCAGCCGACCUCCAGCGCCAGCAUCUUCGCUCUGACCUUUCCAGACGCGGCUGCGUCAAACCUUUUCUUCUCAGAAUUAUUUAAUCAGAAACCUCUUUUAACUUUUUUUAAAAAAAAAGAAUUGAAGGAGGAAUUAAUUAUUAUUUUUUAAUUAACGUUGGGGUGGGGGUAGGGAAUAAACAGCACGGAAAGAUUUCUUUUUCUUCUUCAUCCUCUCCCAGAGAUCACCACUUAAAUCUGUGUGAAAUAGAUUGGAUUCUUGCGGCCAAGCAAGAUGCAGAAGAGGCUGGCAGCAGGUUCUACGAGGGAGGUCGUUAGCUAAUUAUAAAUAAACUCAAGCUGUCCCUGCUGAAGGAGUCUUGCCCCCCUCCCCCUCUGAGCACCUGACGGUCGUUAAAAUAAUGAAGGAUAUACAAUAAUGAAGCCUUAAUUAAAAUAUUAAUGAGAGACCUGCUGUCUUGAACAAUAUCCAUAUUUAUAUUUUUUAAAGCUACAAGAUAGAAUUCUGUAAAGAUUUUGUACAUACGCUAACCAGUUAUCGAUUCUACUUCAAUAUGUACGUAGGGGGGAAAUGGUUAAAUAUUUUUUUUUGUACUUCACAUGGGAAAAGAAAAGAGGAACACCCUUGAUCCCACCCGCCCCCCAAAAAACCCAUAGUCACACACCAUAUCUAAAUAAAGGACUAGCAGGAAACGCUACAGGCCAGGUUCCAAGGAUGUUUGCAUGCAGAAAGAUGUACUUGGUGAAUGUCAGCCCAGACAUUGGAUGUGGGUGCAGUUUGGCAUCUCGUUUUCCCUGGGCAAGGAUCCCCAGUCAGAGUGCUAUGGCUCUGUCCUUUUUCUCUCUCCCCCCUGCAUGGUGGGAUCCAGUGCAGGUCCAUGAGCAGGGUCCCCCACCCGUGUACCAUCGAGGCGGUCGCUGGAUUGCAGCUUUUUAUCUCUCUCAGUGCCCAGUGAAUGUUGCCAGUAAGUGACCUUUCCACGAAUUGCAUUGCACAGCAAAAUCCCGUCUUCCAGAUCUGCAGUGCGAAGCCGCCACCGUUGGAACAAGCACUUGUGUGAACCAAACAACUCAGGAGUCAACGUGAAACUGAAGCAAAGAAAUACUUCCUCCUUGAGACUCUCUCUCUUGGGCUCUGUGAUAUUAUUAUUUUUUACAAAAAAGAAAAACAGUAACAAGAGAAAGCAUGGAACUGCAUGCAGCCUGCAAACUUAUUUGAAUGACUUCUUGAGGUGGUUCAUUGAAUGUCCUUAUUUAUAGAUUGCUUUAAACGGAAACGGAAAUGAAA